AUGUCCGAAAGCAACACGCAGCUGGAGGAUACGCUCUCAGCAGACGCAGGAGCCCUCUCACUCGAUGCCGACAACAAAGGUCCGCAACUGGACUUCUUCGAGCAGCCUAGAGACGACGAGAUCGAUUACGAUGCGGAGGACGGUGACACUUCCGACUGGUUCGGGUCGGAUGAGAUAGAGCCAGAGGCCGAGAGGGUUCUCGUCGUCGGAGAACCCGAGAUUCGCAGGCGCCUCACCACUUUCCUCAAGUCCAAACCGAGUCUUGCUACUUUCUUCUCGGGCGAUCUGAAGGCUGAGGCGGAGAAGGCAACGGCUAUGGCAAACAAGUUGAUCACUGAAGAGAAAUGUCCCGAUAAGGAAGUGGCGAGGGAGCUGUCGCUGCUUUCGAUGUAUGAUCUCGUGCUAUUGAUCGAUGACUCCGCAUCCAUGAUGGACGAAGAAGACGGCAAGCGCAUCGAUACCCUCAAGAUGGUCGUGGACAGCAUCUGCAAGGUCUAUCAACACGCUAGACCGGAUGGUAUCGUCUCCGUCAAGUUCCUCAACGCGCUGCAGGGCAGGAAAAAUGUCAAGAACUCGGCGAUCCUCAAUGACCAUCCAUGGGAGGGAGUUACCAGAAUCGGUUCCCAGGUCAAGAAGAUUCUAGACAACUUCGUCUUUGCCAAGGGCAAGAAGCUUGAACGGCCAUUGCUCAUCAUGGUGAUCACCGAUGGAGAAAUCCAAGGCGAACGCAAAGACACAUUGACAUCAGUGAUAUUCCGGUGUAUGGAGGCGCUCAAAAAGAAGAAGCAAGACCACGCUGUCGCGUUCCAGUUCUCCAAGGUCGGAAACGACACCAAGGCUGGAAAGUUCCUCAGAGAGCUUGACGAACACGACCAAAUCGGGAAAUAUGUGGACUGUCUCCUCGAGAAACAACUCGAAGAUAUCGAUGACCCGGAGGAGAAGUGGUCGACGCUUCCCAAGCUACUCCUCGGUGCCAUCAGCGAAAUGUGGGACGAGCAGGACACCACGGUCAAAGCAUUCGCCGUGGAUGGUGGAGCCAAGGCCCGAGAGGAGCUGUCAGAUAUCGAGUAA